AGAAGAAGAAGAAGAAGAAGCCGCACAUGCGCAGUACAAAUCAGGUUUCCGGGACCGACAACAACAUCUAUGCUUCUCUCACUAUUGUUGUCGCGGAGCUAGAUGUCACUGCGACCAUGAUGUCUUCAAGCAGCACUGCCCUGCCUACAACUGAAAAUGGAGGAAACAAGAGGAUACCGUGUUCGCUGCACGGCUGUAAGCGGGUGUACACAGACAACAGCGCUCUCGAGAGACACAUUCAGGACCAUGAGAUCCCGGCGCAGUCUCUGCCUGGUAAAGUGUUGCUGUGCUCCUCCAUUGGCUGCAGUGGCUCCUUCCCCAACAUGCAGAGACUGAUGCAACAUAUGAGACAUCAUCACAAACCCAACAUAUUCUUCCAGUGUGAGAGCUGUCGCACCAAGUUGCGGUCCUAUCGUGGCCUCUUGACUCACCUGCACACCUGCUCCAAAGUACCACGGAGCAGAACAAAGCCUCUUGAACUGACACUCCCUCUGCCUGCUGCUGCAAACCACCCAAACGUGACCGCCACGGCUAUGGACCAGCAACCCCCACAACUGGAAUCGGUGUCUGCGGCCCAGCAACUCUCUGCUCAAAAACCAAACCCAGAUGGAUCCCUCUCCACUGCACUUCCGCAGCCUGUCUCUGCUGGCCCCCCUCUGCUUGGUCCACCCAUCUUGCCCCUUUCUCAAGCUUCCCCUUCUCUCCUUGCUUCUCCACAACUCUCUGAGGCAACUCACCAGUCUGUGUUUAGGAAUGAAGCCUUAAAUCUGCCAUCGUCCCUAAACCUGGAUGGUCCAAAAGCAGCAUCUGACCGUCUUGAUGCCCAGGGUCAGCAGCAGACGCACACCUGGUCUCCUGAGUCUUUCCACCCUGCUCCAGGAUCAGCACCUCACUCCCCUCCUGGGUCAUCAGCUGUCUGGAAGAAGAAUCCAGGUAUAGCCUGCAGCAGACGCAUUCUUUGGGAGCACACCAGAGGGCGCUACACCUGUGUGCAAUGUGGACAUGUGGCCAAAGCAACAAGGACCACGGCAACCUCAAGGCAAGUUAUGGAGAGUCUACACACCUCUGAGUAUGCCACCAAAAAGGAACCUGAGCCUAAUGUUGAUGUUGUGAGUAUUUCUACUUGA